AUGCUCUAUUCCAUACACCCUCAACAGUCUUCCAACAGCAGUGUCUUAGAACUUAUCACCUCUGGCACCCCCCUCGAGUCAUUCCCCGUCGCUUCAUCGCUUCUAGUGUCUCUCAUGUAUUACAAUGCGCUUGCUCUUCUGUUUGCCGUGUUCGAACUCUUUGUGCUUCGGCUGAUUCGCAGUACCUUCCCUGGAAUCAACUCAGAGCUGUACCGCAUCCUUGAAGUUUCGAUUUACAUCAUCGUCCAAGCACUGACUUUCAUUGGUCUUACUUCACUUUACUACCUCAUCUUCGUUAUCGCACCCACGAAUAUGCUUUUGUUGAUCAUCCCCGCUCGCAUGCCGUUGAAUCAUUAG